CCCUCUUGCACGAGGUUGAAUCAUGUGUCUGGCCACUACUAACUCCUCUCGUGGCUCCGAUCCGGCUAUUAAGGUAUUGGCGAGUCUGAUCUACUCGGCGAGCGUCCUGCACGCCGCGGUCAACUUCCCUCAGCAGCCCAUCAUGUCGUUCGUGCCCAGCAACCCCCCUUCGAUCUACGUGCAACCCCCCACUGAUAAGACGAAGAGGAGCUUCGAAGAGUACCUGGCCUAUCUCCCACCCCUCGAGAUUGCAGCGGAACAGGUCGUGACCGGCAACAUUCUCGGCACUGUCUUCCACACCAAGCUGGGCGACUACGACGCGAACCAGUUCAGCGACAAACGUGUCCAAGCCCCCCUCACUAAGUUCCAGCAGGCCAUCGAGGACAUCGAAACCGACAUGAUUAACGAGAAUGCCUUCGUUGCGUCUUCCUGGCGCAAGAGAGGCAAGGGCAAAAAGGCCGCCGCCAACUUCGGGUACACGACGCUGCUUCCCGACAAGGUCCCGCAGUCCAUCAACAUAUAGAAUUGUGUACGCUUCAGCGGUGUGUAGAUGUGAGGGUUACGUGUGGUUGCCUUUGAUGUGAGUUGCUUGUUCAAGGGUUGAUGAUGCGGUCUACAUGUAGAUUGCAUCGCGUCGUUGUCAGUAAUAUGCGCGAAACAUGUCCGUGUACACAGGUUUGUAUUUGUUGAUAGAACGUCACGUGGGGUUCCUCGGUCGCGUUUGCGUUGGGUGUCUUGGUUGAAUCAAAGAAACAUACCCGAAUUGCUGGAUGGUGAGGUAGUAAUUGAAAUCGUGCUGGUUGUACAUGUGGGUAGCUUGUUAGGACAAGGGAGAAGGUACCAGGCGAGGCAAGUUUUUUUUUCAUUUAUGGCAGUGAGAGGGUGGUACAAAAUGACACGGGCGACCUUCAGACGUGCCUGGCUCGCGCGGCUAUGGCGGAGUGCAUUGCUGCCUCUCCAUAUUGAAUUCUGGUUUGGCUACCGACCUUAGUAGACUAACCAGCCGACGGUAGCCGGGGAACUCCGCUAUCAUCUUUCCUCCGCACGAACAAACCGUAACCACCGCUUGUUGUCCGGUCCCACCUUCGGCUAGAGCGGGUUACCCACCCACUUCACGAUGCAUUGGUGGUCAGAGAGUUGGAUAGUGAAUCUCUUGCGGGCACUACCUAUCGUGGACGACGCUGAAAAUUGUCGUCUGGAAAACCGAGUCGGCCGCAACAUUGACAAUGACUGGGCCGACGACAAUCAGCGCUUCCGCAAGCAAAAGGUGUAGCUCUAUGUUUGGUCUGGGAGGGUUUACAAGUCGGGCUGCAAACAGAGGGAGAACAAAUUCGGCACGACUCCGUCCCUGCAUAGCUUCCGACCCCCAACGACUGAGAAAGGAUCGAACCCCCCCCCUGCAAAGCAGUGAAAACGUCGGCACACAAGUAGGUACCGCGGCCUCGCGCAACUUUCUUGGAUUCGCAAGUUGUGUCAUAAUCGUUGCAACGUUCUCCUAAACACGAGGGCGCACCGCGCCGAAAAUUUCAGAGCACGAAGGCCAAUGGGUAAGGGCCUUUAUUAAUGACAAAAAAACCACGGAACAUGUCACGGAACCGUUUGUUCUUGAACACAUAUGGAGGUGUUUUUCCCCGAAAACGUGAAAAAGAGGGAGCCGGGAUUUUUCGGGGCUUGCUCCUUUCACGGUUCCGGGGAAAAAACGCCCCGCUUUUCCCGGGCAGCCGAAGCAGACACCGGUCACGCGUACUGCCUUCAUCACACCACACCUAGACAGCGCCAACAACACCCCAGAGUGCUUCCCACGGCAAGUCGACCACCAUGGCUGAGCGCGGGAAGCAUCAGGAUCCCAAGGACCCCGCAGCGCAACGCAGGG